AUGAACAUGUUUCUCCAGGACCCAGAGAGUGAGAAGCUCUUGAGCGAGCACAACCGGGCUCUUGAAGCUGACGAGGCCGUCAAGGGUAUGCAAUUCAAACCAAAAGUGACACGACAUAAACUCUUGAAACAAUUCAAGUACCGACAAAAGAUGAACAAAGAUCAGCCACGGGGACGAGCUAGCGCCAGCACGGUGGAUGUCUCCUUUGCCCCUCCCAUCUAUCCACCAUGUCUCUCUCAGCUGGAAGGCCUGAAAAAGGUCAUGUUCAAGGAUUUGCUUCUUGAAACUCAUCAUCGGGGCUAUUACAUCCUAGUUAGAUCAAUCACCCAGGCAGAGAAGAUGACUGCAGCUAUGGCCAUUGUGGAACACGGAAAUAAAGAUGCGAUCCCGCUCCAAAUGUUGAACAAGAAGCUCCGCUGCCAUGAUAGCUCUGUUGGUAAAGGGCGGAUUUUGCUUGUGAAGGAGCCAUACCUAACUUUGACGUCCGUUGGAGAAUACGGGGUCAGAGUUGAUCACGUUUCUGAUAUCUUGCUCAUCCCAUUGUUCGACAAGAUGGUCCCAUCAGCUUGGCGAGAGCAGCUUCCAGAGGAUGAAACCUCUCAGUGGAUGGCUAGGGACUGGCUAAGGUUGGGCAACGAAUAUCUCAACCGGAGCAAAUUUUAUUCUGCCACUGAAUGGUAA